AUGUCUCUUGUCCCUGAACGCAUCAGCGUCAAGCGCAGACGCUCUGACGAACCGGUGGACACUCUGUUUCUUGAACACGGCACUGCUCCGGACAAGAAACGAAGAGUAACCGACUUCUAUUUCCAGCGACUUCGAGACGAGAUCAUUGCGCCCAUCUCCCAGCGAGUGAACAGCCCUCUUGCCCCACAGCCUUCCGUCCCCGGAAUUCCUACUGUUCGAUGGACCUCACCAGGCGAUGAGAAAAGAGACUAUGAAAUCUUGAAGGCCAAACUCAAGGAGAAGGCGGACGACUCGUUACCGGCGAAAGCAACCAAGCCCGACGAGGAGGAGGUUCCUCCUGCCAACGCAGGCAGCCGAUCCGCCCCGCCCACCCCUCUAACAAGUGAAGGUCUCUCACACGCCCGCCGCUUCCACCUCACCCGCCAUCUAUCUUCAGUGUUAAGCCCAAAUUCUUCUGGUGGGAUUCGGAAGCAGAACAGUUCGAUCCGGCCUCCGCUUGCGACAUUUGUCGAAAAACACGGUGCCACAUUUAGCCACGAAGGGAAUCCUCUUUACAAAAGCAAACCCGUCGACAGUGUAUUGGAUCUCCUGCAGGACGGAAAGAGCGGAUCCGAGGGGUCAGAUGGGCAGACGUCGAAGAUCGAAAGCCUGGCAGCAUCCAAAAGAACGCCCACAAAUACUUUCCUUCAGGCAGAGAACCAGAUGGUGAAGAAGGGAACAUCAAUUAGAGACCACCCUAGCACCUGGGAUCAUGAUUCAGACCAGCUCGCGGACGAGCUUGCCGCAUUGGCGAUGGAGCUCGAUCCUGAGAUCAAGCAAUUGGCUGAAGCUGAAGAGUUGUCGAAACUGCUCCCAGCUUCCAAUGAGAGAGACAAGGUGGUGACUUCCAAGGAUCGCGAAGAUAACUAUGUGUAUGAAACAUAUGUUCGUGUCCGGAACGAUGAUAAGACCCCGGAUCCAAUGAGUAUUGCUGGGCUGAACAACGUCGGGGUGUUGGUCAUCGAAGAGGAAGAUGAAGACCUAUGGCAGAAAUAUGUUGACAGUGAAGACGAGACUGAUUGGGAUGACGAAGAUUCAAAUGCUGAGGACAACCCUGCCAAUGAUUACCCAGAGGAUGAAGUCAGUUCCGACGACGAGUAUGGCUAUAAUGCCUACAAGUACCGCCAAUAUGGAUCCGAUGAUGAGACUUUUGGCAGUGACCCCGACGACAUCGAGAAUGAGGCCAACAACAAGUGGUGA